CGUACUUCUACGUUUUAAACGAUUUCAAGGAUAGUCAUGGGUUUAGCGGGUACUAAAGUGAAACAAAGAUUUGGGCUAGAUCCUAGAAAUACAAAUUGGUCUAAUGAUACCAACAAAUUUGGCCAUCAAUAUUUAGAAAAAUUAGGAUGGGAACCAGGUAAAGGGCUUGGUUUAGUUCAACAUGCAAUGACUUCCCAUGUCAAAGUCACAAUUAAGGAUGACAAUCUUGGGCUAGGCGCAAAAUUAGCCAAAAAGCAAAAGAAAGACGAAUUUGAUAGUGGUGAGUGUGCCGGUUUGGAUGUUUUCCAAAGGAUAUUGGGAAGAUUAAAUGGUAAAGAAGAUCAAAUCAAUAGCGAAUUAGAGAGACAAAGAAAGGAUAACAUAAUAAAUGGGAAAUGGGGAAUACAUUUUGUAAGAGGUGAUGUUUUAAGAAGUACAUGGGAUGCCGAUGCAAAGAAGUUGAUAGCGUCUCAAGACCUGGGUAAAGAGACUAACACUAAGAAGAGGAGAGGAAGUUUUGAUGAUCAAGAAAUCCCUAAAAAGAGAAGCAAAAAGGAAGAUUCAGAGAAAAUAAAACAAAAAUCUGAAAAGAAGGAAAAAAAGGAAAAGAAAGAUAAAACAGAAAAGAAAGAAAAGAAGGAAAAGAAGGAAAAGAAGGAAAAGAAGGAAAAGAAGGACAAGAAGGACAAGAAGGACAAGAAGGAAAAGAAAGAAAAGAAAGGCAAGAAAGAGAAGAAAGAAAAGAAGGAUAAAGAAGACAAGAAGGCAAAGAAGGAGGAAAUUACUCGUGAAGAAAUGUUAAAACCAAAGAGUCAACCUUCAAGAGAAGUAGCCACAAGAUUAUCAGCACGAGCAAAAUGGAUCAAACAAAAAAGAGCAUCUGUUAUGGAUGCCAAAGCCCUUAAUGAGAUCUUCAUGGUUGCCAAUUAAACAAAUGUACACUAUAUAAAUUGCAUCUAGAAUAAUAAAAAUAUUGUU